AUGUCCGCCAUUCCUACUGCGACGCUUACUCGCGUCGGAGCGAAUUCGUACUACAUUUCAUCACACCUGACGUCAAUACCUUCGCGUUCCCGCGAAUGUAUCUUUGGCAGUGAGCUUGACUUCAACGACGGACUUGUUCCAAUCACUUUGUUUGUCCUUGAGAACGCGAAGCAAGCUUCGGAUCUCAAUCUGCGAUCGACCGUUAAGUCCUGGCUCAAAACAGACGAUGUGUUCAAUAAGCAUUUCUUGCAGCACGUCUACUUCCUGACCAACGUCGACCUGACCGGUUACACCCUCAGCUUACCGGAAGAAUGGAAAACUCAAAGCGCUCACACCGUAGCGGUGAACUCAGAUAGGCACUUAGCCACCUUCCGCGGUGGACCGUAUUUUGCCUCCAACGAUGGCGUUCGUCAGGCAUGGCGCCUGUUUGACGACACGAACGAAGCUUUCCACCGUUGCUACUACGACGAACCCUCCGAAUCUAAGCCUCUAUCUGGCAUGCGGAUAGCCAUCAAAGACAACAUCGACCUGAAGGGAGUGCGGACAAGCGCUGGCAAUCGUGCCUACCAAGCUCUUUACGCGGAGAAAGAACACAGCGGCGCGUGUAUUGAGAGGUUACUAGAGGCCGGAGCAGUUAUUGUAGGCAAAACGAAAACAGUCCAAUUCGCUUCUGGAGAAAACGCCCGAGAUUGGUUUGACUACUCUGCACCGUUCAAUCCUAGGGGCGAUGGGUAUCAAGAGCCUAGUGGAAGUAGUACUGGAAGUGCCACAGCAGCGUCGGCAUACGCCUGGAUAGAUGCCACUCUUGGAACCGAUAGGCGUUUUGUGCGUUACUUGGAAGACUUCCUGCAGGUCAAGCGAAAGAAGCUCGAUGUCGAUGGCCUCUUCAGGCGGCAGAGCAUCGCUGGUGGGACUUCACUGAAGAGUUAUCUAGAUACCACUGUUGCUCAUAUCCAGCUGCAUGACUGCUACCAGAAUUGCCAAACAUUCGUGCGAGACUACGAGAAGGAGUUCCACAAGAAGGCAUUCGCCGAUCCUUAUAUCGAGUACAAAUGGUAUGUCAUUACGGCGGAGACGAGGUAA